GUCUGUCGGUGCUGCAGAGGAUCUUGGACACGGCGGCGGAGCGGAGCUGGCAGGUCACCUCCGUGAACUUGGACACUCUGACGGAAGUCAGCUUCAUCAAGCUGCUGGCCGACCUCGACUUCAAGAAGGACUUUCAGAUCAUCAUCGACUGCGAGCUCGAACGACUCAACUCCAUCCUCAACCUGAUUGCUGCUCAGAGGAGAAACUUGAAGAACUAUCACUACAUCCUCAACAACCUGGGCUUCAUGGACCUGAACAUGACGGAGUUUCAGAAACUCGGGCCGAACGUGACGGGCUUCCAGCUGGUGAACCGGUCCGAUCCGGCUGUGGAGAAGAUCAAUCAGGACUGGCUGGACUUUGACAGCAAAGACCUCAAACUGGCCCGCAGGAGUCUCAGG